AUGUCAAAAUUAGAUGUCUCAAGACGUGAAGAUCAAGGUAUAUGGAAAAAGAUAUUCAUAACACGCUUAGACAAGAUUACGGAAGAUGACGCGUAUAGUGAAGAACAAAAAAAGCUAGCGCUUCGUUUAAAAGAUAAGUUACUGUUGGUGUUAUUACUAGCCAAGGACGGUUUCGUUCCCUCCGCGGUGAUGACGAACCUGUUGUCUGCAGAUACUUUCUGGGACAAUAUUGAAAAAGAGAAAGAAGAUUUACGUAGAAAACGAGAGAUAGAGAACAAGACAAAUUUAGUACGCGACAAUACAAAAAUAGAGGCCCUAGAACUAUUAGAUACUGCUUGUACAGAAAGAAUGGAAGUAAUUUUGAACUCAAUGAAGCGGAAACCUGAAAAAAUAGUAAAAGUAGGAAAACGUCGCAAAUUUCCCAGUGGAAAUGAAUCUAAUGACGAUGAUGUAGAAGAGAGUGAUUCAGAAGUAAUUGAUAUCGAUGAAAAAGAAGAAAUUGGAAAUCUUACGGAGGACGAGAUUGAUAUUCGAAAUAAGUUACUCAGAGUAUUAACUAAAUGCCAGGACAAUGAAAAAAAAUCGGGAAAAAAUUACAUGAAAUCCAUAUAUCUUAAUAAUAUCAUAUGCCUGUCUGAUAUGAGGAUACGCAGAAAAAUAGAAAAGUUAUUGAAUGAAGAUCAGCUUGCAUGGUUUAACAAUGUCCUCAAAAAACAAACUUUAAGAAGCCAAACUGACGAGUUUAAGAAAUACUUGAAUCAAUUCAAUGAAGAUGCAUGUAACAGAACACAAAUUCCGACUUUGGUCCGCAAUUCUUUCAUUUCGGGAAGAUUUGAUUCAUACUACUAUGAAGACUACGACAUUGCUCAUCAGUUACUUGAACACUGUGCUACACGAUUAGAUGCCCAUAUUAGCUACGAAUCAAAAAGUUUUAAUUUAGAAAGAACAUUCGCAAUAGACACCGUAAUCUAUAUUAUAAAUCGAUUAUUCAAGAUGCAUCAGGACGUACUAGAUAGCGGAUGGAUCGAAUUGACUACUCCUGACACUAAAAAUCACAAAUUUGAUGGGAUACUUAAAGUCAUAAGAACAAAGCUGGAAAAUCAA